AUGUCAGCUUACCUAUUGGCAGCUCACCAACUACUGAAAAAAUUUCAGGCCUACGAAAUACGGCAGAUCCCCAGGUCAGAAAACAGCCACACCGAUGCGCUCUCGCGUCUGGCUUCGGCAAUAAAUGACAAGAUCGGAAGGAAAGUACCGGUGAAGAUAUUAUCCCAACCAAGCACGACAGCCGUUGAGGUGUGUACCGUUCGGUACGAGGGUACAUGA